AUGGAGCCAACAACAGAAUAUAGCUAUUCCUCCUACUACGAUGAUACAGAAGGGUUAUAUAGAUCAGAGCCCUGCAACAAUGCCAAUGUGAAGGAGUUUGGACGGGUGUUUCUGCCUACACUCUACAGCCUGGUCUUCAUCGUGGGCUUCAUCGGUAACGGCCUUGUUGUCUGUGUCCUGGUGAAGUUUAGGAGUAUCAGAAGCAUGACAGACCUCUGUCUCUUCAACCUGGCUCUGUCUGACCUUUUCUUCAUCAUCUCCCUGCCUUUCUGGUCCCACUACGCCACUGCAGCCGAGUGGCUCCUGGGGGACUUUAUGUGCCGACUGGUAACCGGACUGUACAUGCUUGGGUUUUAUGGCAGCAUCUUCUUCAUGGUGAUCUUGACAGUGGAUCGCUAUGUGGUCAUAGUCCACGCUCACAAAAUGCCCAGGUUCAGAUCAGUCAGAGUAGGGGUCACUCUGUCUCUGUUCAUGUGGGCUCUCAGUCUCUGUGCCUCUCUGCCUACAAUCAUCUUCACAAAAAUAAAUAAUGAGUCCGGGCUUACAACAUGUAAACCAGAGUAUCCAGAGGGUAGCAUGUGGCGCCAGGUUUCUUAUUUAGAGAUGAAUGUCUUGGGUCUACUUCUCCCUCUCUCCGUCAUGGUGAUCUGCUAUUCCAGAAUCGUUCCGAUGUUAGUCAAUAUCAAAACCACCAAAAAGCACAAAGCCAUCAAACUGAUAAUCAUCAUACUAGUGGUCUUUUUCUGCUUUUGGACCCCAUACAAUGUGGUCAUUCUCCUGCGUUAUCUGGAGACCCAGAGCUAUUUUGGGGACUGUACAACUCACAAGAACAUAGACCUGGCAAUGCAGUGGACAGAGGUGCUAGCGUUCACACACUGUUGUUUGAAUCCGAUCAUCUACGCCUUUGUAGGGCAGAAAUUCAUGAGUCUUGUCCUGAAGUUACUAAGAAAAUGGAUGCCAAUGUGCUUUGCCAGGCCUCAUGUUAGUGGGUUGUCUGAACGAAAUAUCUCAGUCUAUUCCAGGUCUUCUGAAAUAUCAUCUACAAAACUGCUGUAGUUUGACUUGUAUGCAGACACAAUUCGAAUAUAAAAACUCUGAGAAGGGAAAAGACAGUAAAAGAUGUAAGGAA